GGGUCAGCUAUCAGUAACGGAUCAAUCAAGUAAUGAACACAGAUUAGACCAAUAGGAGUUGGCUGCUUUAAAGUUCAACGCCUAAAACCCAAAAGCAGGGGAAUUCUUCUUUUACACAUUCAGUUCAUUUCCUUAUUUUCUCAACAAAACAACCGAGAGUUCGUCAUAUCUGUAUCUGUAUAUAUACCUAUACCUAUACCUAUAUCGUAUCCGCAUUUCCGAAAGGAUAUAUCUUAUUUAGGGUUUUUGUGACUGUGCUCCACAACCGAGUCGCCAUGGCGUCGCAGGAGAGUAUCGAAAAGAUGCAGGCACGGCAGAAUUACCGGAAUUUAUGGCACACCGAUCUCAUGAGAUCCAUUCAGGCCGAUACUCCUUAUUGUUGCCUCGCGUUGUGGUGUGCACCAUGUGUGUCUUACCUUCUUCGCAAACGAGCUCUCUAUGAUGAUAUGUCAAGGUACACAUGUUGUGCUGGCUACAUGCCUUGCAGUGGUAGGUGUGGAGAAAGUAAAUGUCCUGAAUUUUGCCUUUGCACUGAGGUUUUCCUCUGCUUUGGAAAUUCAGUCGCCUCAACUCGCUUUCUAUUGCAAGAUGAAUUUAACAUUCAAACUACGCAAUGUGAUAAUUGCAUUAUUGGUUUCAUGUUUUGCCUUCAACAAAUUGCAUGUAUAUUCUCUAUUGUUGCCAUGAUUGUGGGAAGCGAUGAAAUUCAAGAGGCUUCUCAGUUGCUGUCUUGUUUGGCUGACUUUGUGUACUGCACGGUCUGUGCAUGCAUGCAGACUCAGCACAAGAUUGAGAUGGACAAGCGAGACGGGAAAUUUGGACCCCAACCAGCAAUGGCAGUGCCUCCUAUGCAGCAGAUGUCACGCAUUGAUCAACAAGUUCCUCCUUCGGUUGGGUAUGCACCACAACCAGCUUAUGGACAGCCUGCUCAAGGAUAUCCUGCUCCGGGUUAUCCUCCUACUGGUUACCCCCCUGCUGCUUAUCCUCCACCAGGAUAUCCCCCUUCUGGCUACCCUAAGUGAUUGGUCUACAGCGCACCAAUUGAUCGUGCUUCAUAGAACAAGGGAACAUGUUUGUGGUGAAAUACAACAGUUCGAUUGAUUAAUUAAUUUCCAUUAGUCUUAUAAUUCGUGAAUUAACCUUAUAAUCCCUAUCGUGAUGUCCAUUCUGAUACUUCGACUUCUGUUUGUAUAUUGUUCCCGUUGGUGUUCAUACAUAGUUCACAUGUUUCGCUUGUUAUGUGCAAAUACCUGGUGUAAUGUGCUGUUCCAUUAUUUUUUUUCUUUUUUAUUUUAAAAACGGUGAUUCUAUAUGUGAUGGCCACUGGGCAAUUAGCACAUUCGUACAUGAAAGCCCGUGGACUGACAGUGCAGCCUGGAAUUAUACAGGCCUGAAGAGUGAAGACAAUGUGAUGGUACGGUGAGAGUUGUGGUUUAAUUCUAAUUUAUCCUUCCGAA